AUCAGCAUAACGAAAAAAAGCAAGGAAGCGUUUCCCAUGAACCGCUUAAAUAAGAGCGAAUACGCCCAAAUUAGCCGGAACAGAUAUGGGUGGGGAAAAUAUGAUUUAGAUGGGUAGGAAAUAUAGAGAAAUAAGCCAAGAUAGGAGCAAAUAUUUAAAAAGAUAGAUGCGCGACAGCAUAUCUUACUCUAUAUAACUGGAACAAAAUACGACAUUUAUCUGUUCUGGCUUUAAACCCCUGAAUUGAUAUAUGAUAUAUGAUGUAUGAUAAUAUAUAUUAUAUAUGAAUGAUAGACAUCACGUGACGACGCGGUUGUAUCUCUUAACGUGUCGCGACUCAUUUUAUUCAAAUAAAAAAUCACCUAUACGCUUCACACUAUGGGGCGCUCAUUACGAAGUACGCGACAGUCAGUCUCAAUAUUAGCGGACGAGGCUAAUACAACAGAAUUAUUAUCUGUCAUAAAAGAUGAAGAGCUGCUAAAAACUAAUAGUCCUUCCCGAAAAACAAGGAUUAGGAAGAGGAGCGCCCAGCAUCAGAGCGAUGAAGAAUUCGUUGAAGAUAGCCCAGAAGAAGCACCACGUAUCAAGAGGCAAAAAGUAGGGGCGCGUGCUAGUAAAAAGAGCGGAGAUGCUACCGCUCAGCUGUAUGCGUGCCUCUUCGGCAAAGCGAACAUGGCCCUAAACGGUUCCACUACGGAAGGUACUUGUAUUAACCUUCUUAGUCGUGCCCACGGACUAUGUUAUCACCGUCCUUUGCUCCUAGACAGCCGUCAGGCUCGCACUUCUCUACUCACCUGGUUCGAUGGCGUGAGCUCUUCACGCGAGAUGCCCUGGCGCAAACCCUGGACGGACCCAAGUGCCACUACUCUCAAGGAAGUCGAGCGUCGCGCGUACCAGGUCUGGAUCAGCGAGAUAAUGCUCCAGCAGACGCGCGUUGCCACCGUCGUCGACUACUGGAACCGUUGGAUGGAACGAUGGCCCACGAUUCAGGACUUAGCUGCCGCGGAGCAGGACGAGGUGCUUUCGGCCUGGCGCGGGCUCGGAUACUACAGCCGUGCGACGAGAAUCCACGACGCGGCGAGAAUCGUGUGUAAGGAUUCUAGUAUGAAGGGCUUGUUGCCGGCAGAUGUGGGCGAGCUGGUUGCAAAAGUGCCUGGCGUUGGGAGGUACACAGCAGGGGCCAUCUCAGCGAUUGUCUUUGGGAGGGCAGCGCCGAUGGUGGAUGGGAACGUGCUGCGUGUGCUCAGUCGGCAACUUGGCGUAUUUGGGGAUGUUAAGGCGGAUAAGGCAGUUAUUGAGCUGCUGUGGGCUGCGGCUGAUAGUCUGGUUAAGGCCAUUGCAGGAGAUGAUGCAGAAGAUGGGGAUAAUGUUGAUCCCGAUGCUACUACUAAGAGGGAGGAAAACAGGGAAGCGACACCAAGUAAUAGGCCUGGUCGCUGGGGCCAAGCGUUGAUGGAACUUGGCAGCACGAUAUGCGCACCAAAGCCCAACUGCGCAGUAUGUCCCAUUACAUCGAGCUGUCGCGCGUACGAUGAGGGUAUUCGGUUAGCUACUAAAAGGGGUUUAAUAUCAAAGCCUACGACGCCGAGUAAUGCUACUCUUGAUAUUGAAGACGCUUGCAUUAUUUGCAAGCCGUUUAAGGAGUAUGCGGAGGAAGACGCCGAUAAUGAGCAGGGCGUAAAGACGGAGGAAGGGCCCAAGCAGCAGAAAUCCAGGUCUCGCACACAGACUACGUUACGAUCGUUCGCAUUCACACAAGUCACGUCCAAACGGGAAAUGGCAUCCAGUCCUAAGCCGCUGCCAUCUCCGAUUCUCAGUAGUGCCGCAGUAGAAGCGAUCGUAAGCCACGCGAGAAAGUUCCCACUAAAGACGGUCAAGAAAGCAGUGCGCGAAGAGGAAACUCUAGUCUGCGCUAUCCGGCGCAGCGAUGGUCGGUAUCUAAUUCAUAAGAGGCCUGAGAAGGGACUCUUGGCCGGGUUGUGGGAGCUGCCAAGUUAUAUUGUGAAGGAUCGGCAAGGAGGGUCGGCAAAGGCCAGGAAGAGGGAUGCGGAGAAGUUUGUUCAGGGGUUGAUUAGUGAGAGUGGGAAGGCAAGGAAGAGAAAGGUCGUGGUGAAGCAUGUAGAUGAGUUGGGGUCCGUACCGUGGCUGUUUUCACAUUUGAAGUUGACGAUGCAUGUUCAUCUGUUUGAACUUGUGGGUGAGGGUGAGGGUGAAAGUGAGAGUGAGGGUGAGUUUGGUAAUGAAGAGAAACCCAAAGAGGAUGAAGGUACGCGGCGUCGGUGGAGAGAUGUCGAGGCUAUUGAUGCGGAAUCGAUGGGGACGGGCAUGAGGAAGUGUUGGGCGUUGGUUAAAGGGGCUGAUUAGGGGGUUAGAGUCUAACAGAAUUAAUACAACCGGAUCUUGGCUUUCUUGCUAGGCCAAGAAUAUAACAACUACAUAGGCUAGACUAGGUCUUUAAGCUUUAUUAUUCGAUCCCCCUUCC